AUGGCGGAGAGGUUUCCAUUGGUGUUCCUCAUUGCUACACAUUUCUUCGUAUCGGGAAUGUUGUCGGAGAGUAUCAUUACCAUAGAGAACAAAUGCAAUUACACAGUUUGGCCAGUUAUCUUCUCAUGGAAGUCCAAAAUCUCCCCCAACGGCUUCGCUCUCAGAAGUGGGGAGGCGCGUGACAUACACGCGUCUUCAUGGAACGGUCUUAUCUCCGGUAGGACGCUCUGCUCAACGGCCACAACAGGAAACUUCUCGUGCGUCACAGGAGACUGCGGAUCCGGCAAGAUCGAGUGUCAACGCAACUACGAUUGGUCGCCGGUGACAUACAUCUUCUUUAAAAUCGAUGACGGCGGAACUAACAGCUACUUCAUCAGUCUUGAGUAUGGCUACAACCUUCCGUUAAAGGUGGUCCCAUCACAGAGUAGCCACACAUGUAGGAGCUAUGGUUGUGUGGUUGACUUGAACAAGACUUGUCCAGAUAAUCUUAAGAUAUUCUCCGGGGAAAAACAAAUCUCCUGCAUUAGUGCAUGCAAAGAAAGCAAAACAUCGGAGGAUUGUUGCGCACGUUACUUCAAGUCAAAGCAAGAAUGCAAGCCGACACUGUACUCGCAGAACUUCGAGCGCGCUUGUCCACGGGCUUUUACCUAUCCUUACAGCGAUAAUAACAGCACCUUCGUAUGCCCUAACGUAACUAACUUCGUCGUCACGUUUUGUCCUUCCUCUAUAACAAACACCACCAGAGUCAGUUUCUCGUAA